AUGAGCAGCAGAACGAGGUGAAGAGCAGAGCUCCAAAUGAGGCGCAGAGAAAGAGAAAGACAGGAUUAUACACCUGGCAGGUUAGAGAAAGGCAGGAAGGGGAAAAAGACAGGAUGGGAAUAAAAAUCAGCAGAAAGAGGCUUAAGAUUACAAAGAAGAGCUCCGUUCAUAGUUGGCUUGAGUUGUGAUGCUUAUGCUUUCGGAUGACUGAAGCGGUCCUUCAGCGCACAGCCAGAAAAAAAAUUCUAGGGCCUCUAAGGAUGUUCUCCUCCUCUGAUUAAACCUGCUUUUUACAAACUAGAACUCUGGACUUUAUAGAAAGGCGAAGAAAAGUCUAAAGUUAUUUGAUGUGAUUGAUCCAAACAUAGCAUAGGCAAGGAAGCUAAAGGUGUGAACAGACAACACCCAGAAGAAGUAAAGUCUUGGGGAACCAAGAUAUUGAGCCUUCAGGGUAAAUAACAAGUCAUGCAAGAACAGGGGCAAAGCUGUUCAGCAGGAGAGAUGGGGGGGAAAGGGAUAUAGGCUUCAGAAGUAGAGCUAAGCAGUCCAGAGCAAAAUUAGUCCACAGAGAAAGGGGGGCUGACACUGGACAGAAGAGAGAUCAAGGCUGACUCAAGUCUCUGUUGCCUCUAACCUGAUUAGGGAAAACAGGAGCAGUUGUGGAGCCCGGUUUGGAGACCCUCAGCAGAAAGUACAAGCCGGCAAGAAAAGAAGAGAAAGGAGAAAGAAUUACAAGAGGGAGCCUGACGAAAGAAGCCUCUUAAAGCUGGGAGCUGGAAUUGGAGCCGCAGGAACUGCAGAAGGAAAGCCGCAAAACCGCAAUAUCCAAAGGUCACCAUGCCUGCUAAUGGAAACCCUCCCUUGAAGUUACAGUUUGGUCUUAUCAAUCACGAGGGUCGCUACCUCACUGCAGAAAACUUUGGUUUUAAGCUGAAUGCAUCAGCUCCAAGCCUGAAGAAGAAGCAGAUAUGGACUCUAGAGCAAGACUCUCAGGAGACCCAAGUUGUGUAUUUACGCAGUCAUCUGGGACGUUACUUGGCUUCUGACAAGGAUGGCAAAGUCACCUGUGAGGCAGAUGGCCAUAACUCAGAUUGCCGCUUCCUCAUUAUACCGCAGUCAGACGGCCGCUGGGCCCUUCAGUCUGAGCAAUACCUCCGCUUCUUCGGUGGCUCUCGGGACUACCUGUCUUGCUUCGCUCAGAUAAUCACAGAUGCUGAGCUUUGGGCGAUGCACCUGGCUCUGCAUCCGCAAGCCAACCUGCUGUCUGUCGCCCGUAAGCGCUAUGCCCACCUCUCCACGGAGGACGGGGAAAUCGCCGUGGACCGGAACAUUCCAUGGGGUGUAGAAGCCCUGGUGACUCUCGUCUACCUAGACGGAAAGUACUGCUUAAAGACCUGCGACAGCCGCUUCCUCAGCAGCGAUGGCAAACUGCUGACGGAGAAUGGAAGGGCCACGGCAUACACGCUGGAGCUGAAGUGUGGGAAGCUUGCCUUUAAAGACUGUGAGGGAAAGUAUUUGUCUCCCAUGGGGCCCACGGGGACCCUGAGGUCAGGACGAUGCUCCAAGCCAGGCAAAGAUGAAUUGUUUGACUUGGAGGAGAGUCACCCUCAAGUUGUUCUGAUGGCAGCUAAUGGCCGUUAUGUCUCCAACAGACAAGGAGUAAGUCUCGCUGCCAAUCAAGAAGAUGAAACUGACACGGAGACAUUUCAGAUGGAGAUCGACAGGGAAAGCAAGAUGUGCACUUUCCGCACCAGCCAAGGUUGCUACUGGGCCCUGGUGGCUCACGGAGGCAUCCAGAGUACUGCCACAGAAGUAUCUGCAAACACCAUGUUUUCAGUGGAAUGGCUCAGCCACAAGGUGGCAAUAAAAGCAAGCAAUGGCAAAUACAUCUGUACCAAGAAGAAUGGCCAGCUGCUUGCUGUCAGUGACACCAUAGGUGAGGACGAGCAGCACACUUUGAAGCUGAUCAACCGGCCCAUGCUGAUCCUGAGAGGGGACAAUGGGUUCAUCUGCCACCACCGGGGCUCCAACACGCUAGACGCCAGCAGAUCUGUCUAUGACAUCUUCACCCUGCAGUAUAGCAACGGAGCUUACCAUAUUAAAGGCGUCGGCGGGCGGUAUUGGUAUGUGAACAGUGCCGGGCUGGUGUGUUCAGAUGGCGAGGCUCCAGAGGACUUCGCUUUGGAGCUCCUGGAGCGCGGCCGCCUCGCUAUCAGAGGCAAAAACGGCAAAUACUUACGUGGAGACCAGGGAGGCACGCUCAAGGGUGAUGGACUGAGCCUUAGCAGCUCUGCGCUGUGGGAGUACUAAAUCUGACCAAUACAGGGCUCACAUAUGAGACCCAACUCGUCUCAUAGGUUGGGAGAUUUACCAAGCAAUCUCCUUGUCAGUAGUCAUAGGUACUCUAAUGUUAAAGCAUAUUGUCGUAGAAUCUGGUCAUUUCCUUGUGCUGAAAAGGAAAAGCGGACUCGGAUGUGCACACAUGUAGGUGGAGAAAAUGAGAGAAGUGACCAUGCAGUAUAAUCAGCCAACAGAAGUAUUUACAAGAUUUUGAUUUGUAGCCUCAAAAUUAGUCUGAAUAAACAUUAGUUUGGUGUUAUUUUCCAGUAGAUGCAGUAUUUCAUGCAAGCACGAGUUAAUGUCUGAAACUAAAAAUAAAGGCAAAAGUGGGGAUAUGCACAUGUAACCACUGGUACAACCAAUCGUCUUUGUCUUCACGUUAUACCACUAACUGCAGGUACUGGCAUAGAGGUUUAUUUAGAAGUUUACAUACACUCAUCACGGGAACACAAUGUGCACUGAUUCAG